GUAUUCCCGAUCAGGCCAAGAAGAAGAGAAAGGUUCUGUGCGGAGGAUUUGAAAAAACCCCGCGAGGGCCGUGCUUAGUUCUCGCGAGACCUGCUCCUCCCUCCCUCACGCCGGUGAGUGUGAGUGAGCCCGAGUGGGCGGGAGAGGAGACAGAGAAGAAGGAGGAGGAGGAGGAGGAAGAGGAAGACGGUGGCUGCUGCGCAGAUACAGAGCCAAGGACCCAGCAGCGCGGUCGGGGAGGCCUUCGCGCGCCCGCCCGCACGCUUUUCCUCAGCCGCCGCAGCGGAAGCCAUGUCGCGCCUCUGAGGCCGAAGCCGAGCGUCGUGAGCGGUGACAGCCGCCUCAGGAGCAGUGAAGCAUGCGAGACCUAACAGCUCACGUAACCAGCAGUCUGCUGCAGUUUCCAGAAGUUACUGUACAGGCACUUGGAGAAGAUGAGCUAACAAUAGGCUGUGUGCUUCAUGGGAAAUUCACUGGAGGACGAAGUGGACUGGCUUGUCUAGCAUGUGGACCUCAACUUGAAGUAGUAAAUGCAGUCACUGGAGAACGGCUCUCUGCGUAUCAUUUUAGUGGGGUGACUGAGCAGCCUCCUACUAUCCUUGCAGUGAAAGAGUUUUCUUGGCAGAAAAGAACUGGAUUGCUUGUUGGCUUGGAAGAAACAGAAGGAAGUGUGUUGUGUUUGUAUGAUCUUGGAAUAUCAAGAGUGGUUAAAGCAGUAGUUCUUCCUGGAAGGGUCACUGCCAUAGAACCCAUAAUUAACCAUGGAGGAGCCAGUCUGACAACGCAGCACCUACAUCAAAGUCUCAGGUGGCUGUUUGGUGUGGCUGCUGUGGUUACAGAUGUUGGACAUGUCCUUCUGAUAGAUCUUUGUCUGGAUGACUUGUCAUGUAGCCAAAAUGAAAUAGAGGCAUCUGAUCUGGAAGUUAUUACUGGAAUCCCUCCUGAAGUCCCACAAAUAAGGGAAGCGAUAACAAGGAAAGGUCGGCAUCUCUGCUUCCAAUUACUAAACCCUUCAGGGAGUGCUGUGACAGCUCUCUCAUACAUACAUAGAAGUAACCAGUUAGUUGUGGGGUUUUCUGAUGGUUAUCUCUCAUUGUGGAACAUGAAAAGCUUGAAAAAAGAAUACCACUCCCAGUUAGAAGGAGGUAGGAUUCCAGUAUAUGCUGUUACUUUUCAAGAACCUGAAAAUGAUCCUCGCAACUGUUGUUACUUGUGGGCUGUUCAGUCAACCCAAGAAAGUGAAGGAGAUAUUGUUAGCUUACAUUUGCUGCAGUUGGCCUUCAGUGACAGAAGGCGUUUGGCAUCAGGACAAAUCAUGUAUGAGGGUUUGGAAUACUGUGAAGAAAGGUACAGUUUGGACCUCACAUGCGGAGUUUUCUCUUUGAGGGGGCAGAGUAGCAAUACCAAAUUAAUCGGUUGCCAAACUGUAGAAAAAUUUCGAAGCCAUGUUGAUAGAGAAGAUGGCAUUAAUGAAGUCAUAUCACCUGACACAAGUGUGUCUGUCUUCAGCUGGCAAGUGAACACUUAUGGUCAAGGCAAACCAAAUACCUAUUUAGGUAUAUUUGACAUAAAUCGUUGGUAUCAUGCUCAAAUGCCAGACUCAUUAAGACCAGGAGAAUUUCUGCAUAAUUGCCCCUAUUUUGCAUUAUGGUCCCUGGAUGCUGUAGUGAGUAUGACCUCUCCACACCAGAUCCUGGAUGUCUUAGUACAUGAACGAAGCUUUAGUCGUGGUGUGCCUCCUUCAUAUCCUCCACCUGAACAGUUUUUUAACCCAAGCACCUACAACUUUGAUGCUACUUGUCUGCUGAAUUCUGGAGUUGUUCAUGUGACUUGCACAGGGUUUCAAAAAGAUACAUUGCAUUUCUUAAAAAAAUCUGCUUCCUUGUUAAAUGAAACUAUUCCUGAUGGUUAUAAUAGAUGUCUGGUAGCAGGUUUGCUUUCUCCAAGAUUUAUUGAUGUACAGCCUUCAAGUCUGACUCAGGAAGAGCAGUUUGAAGCUGUAUUGUCAGCUGCUAUCCAAACCAGUUCUCUGGGGCUCCUCACUAGCUGCAUCAAACAGUGGACUGCUGAAGAGCAACCAGAUUCUGCCCCUAACUUGCGUUUUGUUCUUGAAUGGACAUGGAAUAAAGUGGUGAAUACAAAAGAAGAUUUUGUUCGUCUUUGUGUUCCUCUGUUUGAUGGAUCAUCAAACUUCAUUGACCCACAAACUCUACAAUCCUUACAGCACUGCGAGUUGCUUCUUAGUAACCUUAGCACAGUUUUAAACUGUUUUAUAAUGGAAGCACAAGAACUGACAGAAAAAGGCAUUACAGAUCUAACAAACAAGCAGGUUGUAACUGGUCUACUUUCCCAAUAUAUGCAAGUGGUCAUCUGGUUCUGCCGAUCCAACCUUCUACCAGAAAGUUCAGAUGAAGAUACACCAUUGUCAAAACCUUUCUAUAAUUACGAACAUAUACAACGUUUUUAUGCCGGCUGUCGUCAGAAACUGGAACGGUUAUCCAGAGGCAAAUGGAACCCUGACUGCUUAAUGAUUGAUGGAAUGAUGUCCCAGUUAGGUGAUCCAGUUGUGAAGCUGUGGCAGAAAGAUGGUGGGGGAACAGAGAAAUAUCCUCCUCCUACAUUACAUGCACUACUUGAUCUCUACUUGUCAGAAAGUAUAGAAGAACUCUACAAGCAUGCAAUUACAAUUUAUUUACUAUUGGACAUCAUGCAUUCCUGUCCAAAUAGAACUGAUACGUCAGUGGACUCUUUCCCAACUGCCUUUGCGAUUCCUAUAGGUCUGGUUAACCUAAUCCAAGGUUUUUGGUGUUUGGAUCACAAUGACUAUGAGAAUUCUCUGGCCUAUCUAUUUCAUCCAGCUACAAUCAGAUUGUCUUGGCAACACAUGAGGAUAAUGCAAGCUUUGAUGUGUCAAGGAGAGCACAAGAGAGCCCUUCGAUAUGUACAAACAAUGAAACCAUCCAUGAUGAGCAGCAGUGAAGUUAUGCUUCACCUAACUGUCUUGCUGUUUAACAGUUGUAUGGUAGAAGCUUGGAGUGUGUUGCGACAGCAUUCUACUAGGUUAAAUGCAGAGGAGAUGCUCAAACAUGUAUAUGAAAUCUGUCAGGACCUGGGGCUCAUGGAGGAUCUGCUGAAAUUACCAUUCACAGAAACUGAACAGGAGUGUUUACAGAAGUUUUUGCAAACAAGUGCUGGUGUUAACAAUCACGAGUUCCUAUUAGUACACCACCUCCAGCAUGCAAACUAUAUUCCUGCACUGCAGUUAAAUCAAUCAUUGAAGAAUAAUCUCAUGAAUGAUCGUGAUCCACGAUGGAAAGAGAGAUCAGUUGUCAGAAACUCUAUAUUAGACCAGUACGGGAAAGUCCUUCCCAGGGUACAAAGGAAGCUGGCUGCAGAGCGAGCCAAGCCCUACCAUUUGUCAUCUUCAAUACGGCGGGAAAUUUUGAGGCCAAAGCCUUUAUCAACAGUCGCAAAGCAGGCUGCUCCAGGAAAUGUAGUUACAAAAGCAACUUUCAUCAAUAAUGUACUGUCCAAAAUUGGAGAGGUGUGGGUAGGAACUGAACAGAAAAAUAAAUCAUUUCAGAAUGAAAUAAGUGAAGAACCACCACCUAGCAUGUCCUGUACUAAUACGGAGUUACCUGAUCCAUUUCUUGGAACACCAGUUACUAAAUCACUACGAAAAUGUUCUAGAUUGCUUGACUUGAUGGUCCAGCCUAUUUCUCUUGAUUCACCACCCCUUCGGAGUAAUUUACAGAUGUCGCCAAGAGUUUCUGCUUCCUGCAUGCUUUCAAGUCCAUUGCAUUCCAACCCUCGAUGCUCCUUAAGAACAUUACUACAUAAGAACAUUACAAGAGCUCCCGAAUUAAAAUUACUGGAAACACCCCCUGUUGUUAAGAGAGCUAAAGCUUUGACAUCUACAUCUUCCUCUGGUUUCCCUGGUUUUGCCCCUCAGUCUAUUCUGAGAUCAAGUCUUCGCACUACUCCUUUAGCUACUCCAACCGCAUCUCCAGGAAGGUCUGUUACACCACCUGUACGUGCAAAAGAAACAAAAAUUUCAUUUAUGGAAGAAAACAAAGCUUCACAGUGGACUGCUCCAGUGAUGGAUUAUAAAGCAAAACACAGUGAAGUUUCAUCUGACUAUAAUACUGACAUACAACUGGAGGAUGUGUGGACUAAGAAUAGAAAAACUCAUUGCUUCUCCAUGAACAGUCUUCAUGAAGAGCAUGAAGAUAUGAACUUAUCAUUAGAAUUUAUACAAGGUGAUCAUUUAGAUAAAAAUGGAGACUCAAAAGGAACUCACAACACUGAUGGCAAGUCUGCACAGCCAACUUCAAAGUACUAUGAUUCAAAAUUACCAGUUGACUACGGAAGUAAUACCUUUGUUCUUGCUCAGACAACUCAUUUUUUCUCUGAAGACACUGUAAAUAUAUUAAGGUCAGCUGAGAAGGAUGACAAUGAGACAGCUGAAAUUGAUCCUUUACAAAUGGAACAACAAAUAUCACCAGAAGUAAAACAAUCAGUUGGAUUGCCUGAAACGGAACAUGACACACAGCCUAAGGACAGCAUGUUGGCGAUGGACCACUUAAAUGCUGUUCAAGACACUGUAGAUUCUUUUGUGCCUCCUGAUGAAAGUGGAACAGCUGCUAUAGAAUCCAGUGUGCCAUCAUUGUUAGAUGAAAGGCUUCUUGCUGAGACAAAUGCCCAAGCCUUGGAGCCAGCAGGAACAGAUGUUGAGUCUAUCAUCAGUAUUCCUGAUAGUGAAGACAUGGCCAGUAUUCAUUCCACAAAUGAACUUGAUGAAGUAGUAGUAGAUGAAGAUAAAGCAGAAGCUGUCAGAGGUGAAAAUACAAUAAUACUGCAAGAAAAAGCACCACCUCAUAGUGAACCUGAAAUUCAAGAAGGGAAAGUCACUGGAGACAGAAAACAUGGAGCCUCAGUUUCAGAAACUGUUGUGGAAGGGUUCCCAAGCGUUCAGCUGAGUCCCUCAAACAAUCUUACAUUUCAGUACACCUGUGAUACUGUGGAGCAACAAAUCACAUGUGAAUUUCUUGAUAAAGAUACUGAAGAACCUAACUUUACUGAAGGAGAAGGAGAGCUUGUUCUGUCACAGAACAAUUUUUCUUUAAUAUUAGAAGGGGAUGAAGAAGCUGAGAUAGACUCUGCUGUAUUGGAUACUUCUCUUAGAUCAGCUGAACCAAAAGAAGAUGAGUGCACAAAUGGUGCUGGAAAUAACAACAAAGAACUUAUUACAAAUUCCGUGUCCACAGUAACUAAUGACGAGAUCUCUCAAAAUACUGCUGAAGUACUGCCCUAUGUACCUGAACCUAUUCAGAUGGCUAUUGCUGAAAACCUUUUAGAUGUAAUAAAGGACACAAGAAAUAAAGAACUUUCCACUGAAGUAGUAGAACAAACUCUUCAUGAAGGCAUAAGCAAGAAGGUAUCAAAUUCUCCACAGGUUCCUUUUGAAAAGAAAGAUACAAAAUUAAAUCGAAUGGAGAAUUUGGUGAUGUCUACUACCUGCACAACAGAGCAAAUGUCAGAUAGACUGAAUGUCUCAUUGCCUGAUGGCCAGCCAUUGACAAAGAUGAAUAAACCAGAAGUGCUGAUAGUGCCCACUCGAAGGAGAAGUACUAGACAAGUAAGAAAAACUCUAGGCAUUCCUGAAAGCCUUCCUGUAAGGUCUGAAGAAUCUGAAGAACAGCAGAUACUCCAGACUUCAGCUUUUACAGUAAGCAAUGCCAAAAAAGCAAAGGAAUGUGACUUAGAAGUGUUGGCAAAUGUUCAGACUGUUGCACAGGAGUUUCAAGCAACCAUUACUCCAAAAAGAGGGGUGAAAAAACAAAGAAAACUUGCAUCAGAACUUCAUGAGCAUCCAAAUGAGCAGCCAUCUUCUGCUCUCAGAAGAACUUCUAGAACUACAAGAAGCUUAAGAGAUCAGGAAGGUAGUCAGUUUAUCAUUGAUCAUACAAUACAGAUGACAGUCAAUCCUAAAAGUGCAAAGAAACUAAAAAACAUUGCUUUCCAACUCACAGAAAAUGUAAUUUCAAAUACAAUAGAACCACAUGAACAGCAGCUGAGUCCAAAACCAAGGAGGAGGACAAGAAAGCAUGACAUACUGAAAGUAACACCUGAGACAGAAAAAGAAUCUGGGAAGCUACCAUCAACUACACCAAUUAAAAGGACUAGAACUAGAAAGUCCAGUCUGCCAGAAGUAACAUCUGAACAUGAUGUACAGCCAAAUCAACUACUGACACCUGUCCCAACUGAACAAGCAAAAGCACGGAUUACAAGCGUGUCAGGAACAGAACAAUCAACUAUACGACGUAAAAGAGGCAGACCAAGAAAGAAUCCUUUAAAUGUUUCAGCAAAUCCGCAGCUAGAUUUGUCUCAGCUAUCUUCUCCUCCUCCUCCUCUUCCUGCUCCUCAAACAGAUUCUAAAACUUCUCUCACUACUAGAAGAAAUACUAGAAGUAGAGCAUUAAAUCAAUCAACAGGUACAGGAUCUUUAUCUUCUCCAGAAGAGUCUGCAGUGUAUAUUACAAAGAGGAGAACAAAGUUUGCAUCUGCAAGUGUAGAUACAGAAAAAUCUCUUCUAGAAGAGCAUUCUGUCCAGUUAAGCAAGACAGUAACUUCAGCAGUGAGUUCUGGGAGAAGACAGUCUAAAAUGACAGCAAUCAGAAAGAGGAGCAAGCUCCCUUCUCUUUCUGAGAAAGGUACAGAAGAGGAGAAACACUUGGCACAAGAAACCAGUGAUCCGGAGGAAUUGCAAUCUGCAGACAUGACCAAACUAAGGCUCACUGAAACAGGGACAACUCUUACGCAGCAUGGUACUCACAUUAAAAGGACCAGAUACAACAAAAAGAAUGUGAAUGAGAGCCUCUCUCUGGAUGAUGCUUUCUAUUUUUCUCCUCCUCUAACAAAGCUCACUGAAAAAUCAAAAGGUGAAAAAGAAGUGUCUCCUGUGCAACUCAAAAAUUUAGAAGCAGACUUGACUUCUCGAUUUGUCUUCUCACCUCCUGUUUUGAGAUCCAGGAAAAAACAAAUGUCCAGUAUUUCAAGGAUUGUGGAAGAGUUGGAACUACCAAUUAAAGAGGAAAAGGAUGCCAUCUCAAUAGAGUCAUUAGAAAAGCCAAAUAUAAAAAGAAGCAGAACUACAAGGUCAAAAGGGACAAAAAACAGCAAAGUCUUAGGAAAAGAGAGCUGGUCACCACCACCAAUGGAAAUAAAAUUUAUUUCUCCUUUUGGCACCCCAGUAGAUGGAGCAAAGAGCAAACAGAGAGAAUCUGUGGACAAAGCAGAAAAAACUGCUCAAAAGACUGUUCAUAGGAAAGAGAGGAGGCUCUCUAGCUAUCCAAAGCCAGUUGUUCGGAAGAAGAUGCUAUAACUGUUUUUGUUUUGUUUUUUUUUGUUUUUAAAUGUAUAAUAUACACCAGUGUUUGUAAAGUCACCAGAAUUGUGUGGAAUAUUAAGAAAUAAUCAUCUAAUUUGGAAGAUAAUUUAUAUAAAUUAUUGUAAAAUUUCAGAAAACUAAAGGUCUUCAAUAAGUAACUCCAUGUGGAGUGUGAUUUCUUCAGUCAAUACAGUUUUUCUAUUUUAUAAGACACUUCAUACAUUUAUAUAAUAUGUAAAUACAUCUUAUUUUAGGAAUGUUAAAUAAAAAUGUAUACUUAACAAUUACUAUUGUCCACUAGAUUUUUGAAAGAGAAUGGGUAUGUGGUGCAAGCAACUUAAAGUGGAUUUUAAUGAUGAAUUACCACUGUUGAUGCCUCUGUCAUGGAAGGCUAAUGUUCUUUUUUUCUUUUUUUAAAUAUAGUUUGAUCUUGCAAGGUUUUUAAAAAUUAAAAUUUGGCAGUUUUAGGAUUUAUAGAAAAUGUUUUGAUCAUCUGGGAACUGGUAAAAGAAGUUAUCCAUUGCAAACAAAUCCUUAGUCUCCUGAUUGGACAUGUACUUUAUUGAAGUCAGAAUGUAAACAAUUGUAUUGAAGCUGUGCAAUAUUUUUUUUUGUAUUUGUCUUAACCUGAGAAAGCUGCUCUUCAAUUGAUAAAACAAAAUUUCACCUCAAA